CGACGCCCACUACGUGAUUGGCGAAGGUGACGCGCGGGCUGUUGCAACGUCAAACAUCGUCCCCCUAGUUGUGCCAUGCGCAGUGACGGUUGUUAUUGUUGAGCUGGUUGUUAUGGCUGGACAAGGCCUCGGACUAAACUGAAAGAGGUCCCCCCCCUCGCACCACCCCGUCUCCGCUACGGGACACCCGCCACCCCAUGGAGGGCACGGACAUGGACGUGGACGCGGAGCUCAUGCAGAAGUUCAGCUGCAUGGGCACCACGGACAAGGACGUCCUCAUUUCGGAGUUCCAGAGGCUGCUGGGCUUUCAGCUCAACCCAGCCGGCUGCGCCUUCUUCCUGGACAUGACCAACUGGAACCUGCAGGCUGCUAUUGGUGCAUAUUAUGACUUUGAAAGUCCCAACGUCAACACGCCAUCCAUGUCCUUUGUUGAAGAUGUGACAAUUGGGGAAGGAGAGUCCGUUCCUCCAGAUACACCGUUCACAAAGACCUGGAGAAUACAAAACACAGGUGCAGAGUCGUGGCCACCUGGGGUUUGUCUCAAAUACAUUGGUGGGGAUCAGUUUGGGCAUGUAAACACAGUUCUGGUAAAGUCCCUAGACCCCCAGGAAAUAUCAGAUGUGAGUGUGCAGAUGCGAAGUCCCACAGCUCCAGGCAUGUACCAGGGCCAGUGGAGGAUGUGUACAGCCACCGGAUUAUUCUAUGGAGAUGUGAUCUGGGUAAUUCUUAGUGUAGAAGUUGGAGGUCUCCUCGGCGUGACCCAGCAGCUGUCCUCCUUCGAGACAGAAUUCAAUACCCAACCCCAGCGCAAUGUGCAGGGAGACUUCAACCCCUUUGCCUCGCCACAGAAGAACAAGCACGACGCCACUGACAACAGCUUCACAGAUCCUGGCGGGGCGUGGGAACGCACGCAAGAGCCAAUCCAGCAAGAUCAAAAUGGACAGUCUCAUAAUGCUGUAAAUAGGGCGUCAAAUGGUCUCCAAACCAAUCUUUCUGUGGUGACUUAUGGUCAGGGUAUUCAUGGACCGUAUCCAUUUGGACAGAGCUAGAAUGACAAAGAGCCCCUCCCCACAUCACACCAUGGUGGAUGAUGAGAUUACCACCCUGGCAGUCUUUAAAUGCAGAGAAGUCGGACAGGGGGGACGGAGGAACUGUUGUUUUAUAUUGACUCAUGACAACCUUCUCCUCUACCCUGUGGUCCUUUCCACAGAAACACAAACUACAGUGAGGGGAUGGAUUACAUCUGCUACAGUGAAACAUCCCACCUGACAUCAACACCCGGAUACGCAUGUGUGAAUGCUUCAUUUAAGAGUGCUAUAAAACCUUACAAAUAGAUACACACGACUAUUUUUAUUUCCACUGUAAAACACGCCUAAUUAAAGGGAAAAUCAACCCCUGAACAACCUACAUACAAUUUAGUAUUCCCAUGGACAAAUUAAUACUUUGUUUCAGGGUUUCUACACAGGUCUGGGAAUGUUUUGGAAAAUUGCUGAGAAUAGUCCAAAAUUAAUGUGAUCAUUGAUAAUAAAAAAAAAAUAUAAAAAAAAAAAAGAGAAAGAAAAGUGCUUAAAAAUACUCUUGACAACAUAUGAUGGACUGUCAUGUUUCAAGUAUUUUUGUGGAGAAUAGUUGGAUUUAUGCCUGAGAGGACUAAUAGUUACCACCAAUAUUUGUUUUUGUAUUACACUUUACUCAAAAGUUACUGUUGUAAACAGUGUUCCCCUUUUCGGGCUAAAAGUAAGCAGUUUUUCACCCUCCUUGAACCCUCCCAGGUUGCUGAGGCAGUUCAAAUAACACGUGGCCCUGAAAAAAGUAUAUAUUUUUUUUUUAUACUGGCACGAAGACAUUAACAAGACUAACAAAAAAUUCAUAACACAUGUUGGACCAUUUCUUACAUUACUCACUGUCGGUAACCGAAAAACAUCUUUGACACAACAUUUGAAAUUAAGUAACACAAUUACAUUGCUCUCAGGAGUCAAGCAUCUGUUUAAUUACAGCCAAAAACAAACCCAUGUUUAUCACGUCUGAAAGAAGUAUUGGCUUCCAAACAAUGAUCAGACACAUAUUAAACACCACAUGUUCACAUUCAAAGAUAUUCAAAAAUGGGGCAAAUAUCCUCCAUUUCCACUUUUGCAAAGAAAAUAGGGACCAUGCCUGUUUAGGAACCCUGUCUCUCCCAAAGAUAAAAUCCAGGGAACCACGACACUAAUCUGUUCUGUCUGCAGGUUUCCCACUUCAGACUGUAUGGGAUGUGUGUAUGUGUUUUUUUUUAGGGUAGGUUUUUGCUUUAAAUAGAUGCUGAAGCGCAAAAGGAUGCAAGAGUUUACGCAAGUGAGCUGUGAGGAAGGGUUUAAAAAAAGCCAUCUAAAUCGAUUUCGCCUGGUGAGGGACUGCAGUUCUGAGUCCAUGUCCUGUGUGUGUGUGUGUGUGUGUGUGCGCGCGUUCGCGUUCGCGCGCCUGUUAAGGUUGCAUGUAUGUUAUGGUUUCUCUUUGGAUUUAACUGACAUAAAAAUGGUGUAUACUACUUGGGCAAAGGAUGACGUGUCUAUUCACAUACAGAUCGAUAUGGAGAGAGCUUCACUGGCCGUGUACCUCUGAAGUAUUUGUUGAGUGAUUCGGCACCGUUUGGAUGAACUGACUCACUAACUGACUUAUUUAUUUGAUGUCUUGUUGUGCACUGCGGAUGCAAAAAGUCCCAUGUAUAGCCAGCAGGUGGUGCUAAAAAUCAGAUUUCUUCAACUCCCCAUCAUGCUAAGUACAUAGUAAAGAAAAAAUAAUACGUUGUAGUCUGAGAAUAUUUGAAUAUGAAAAUUAAUGGUUUGCAUCAGCUUUAUUGGCACUGAUAUUCGUUUACUGCUAUUUGCACAACACUGUCCACCACUUCUGAGGUGAUACUGUGAUACCAGUAUUUUCCAGAAGGUUCUAUUGUUUUUUUUUUGCUUAUCCGCUCUCCCCUAAAGGCCUAUGUUCUUCAGAGCUUUAAUGUUUGUUUUCAAAGUGUUAACCACAAAGUUUUAAAAGUUAGUUUCAUCACUGCACCGGUGAUGUCUGACUUUGAAAAUGAAGAUUGGUUGAUGUUUACAUUCACAUCACACAUUUAGGUUUUGCAUGCCUGGAAAUGAGUUAUACAGGCUGUCUACUAUCACACCUGAAUUUUUACUUCAGUUUUGCUAUGUUCAUUAUGUCAGACAGUGCAUUUCAUCAUGUAGUUUGGGCUUAAAAAGAAAAUGGGGAAAAGUUGUUGACUCCACGAUGGUGUUACAAUUUUUUUCUAGGAGGAUAUUUUAAUUUAUCAAACUUGUUGUAGUUCUGAUCAUCUAAAUGUUAAUCAUCAUGAUCUUUAGAGUUGAUUGCUUCUAUGAUCAUUUGUACCCUGUUUGUACAAUUCACCAGCAUUCUGUGUUGCACCGCUGCUGUAUUUGUAUUGAGUCAACUGAUAGUCCUCCUCCCAAACAGUAUACACUGUUCUGCGUUUGCCUCUUUUAGUCACGUCUUUUUUUUUCUUUUUCUUUUUGUGUGUGUGCUUCCUUCCUUCUUGUGAGCUUGCUUGUGAGUGUUUUGGUUUGUGAGAGAGACAGAUGGUGAGAAAUCUGAAUAUUGCUGGAUUCAUUCUCUAGUUUUAGUUUGUGACUAUGUACGGAUUUGAGAUGGGUGGUAUGGUGAGUGGAUGACAUGAACGUUUACAUAGUCCUUAAAUAGCACAUUUAUCUGAAGAGAAACUGUCAAAAUAAAGCUUUCCCCCCCCUGUAUCUAUAAUUAAGCAUUUGUAUGAUUAAAUUAACACUGAAACAAUGA